ACGUUACGUGGAGUGAACUAUCCGAAAACGACGACGUGGACAAUCACUCGACGGUUAGUGAUCACAGUUCUAGACACAAUGACGAGGAAGUCGCAGCUGCAUCCAGUGUCACGUCACGGCGUCGUAUGGCUCCCAUGGAAGCUCGUUAUCUUUUUAUACGUCGCGCUAUCUCUUCUUUCCCUCCUCUCUAUCCACCUUCAGUACUAUUCCGUGACAAUGUUGGAGCCGCUCUCCGUCGCGGGGUCUCAUAUACCGCCUCGUAAAUACCCCCGCGACUGUCCGAAGGUCGCCUUCCUUUUCUUAACUCGGCGUGAUCUCCCGCUUGACUUUAUGUGGGACAGAUUCUUCAAGGGGGCUGAUCAGGCGAACUUCUCUGUCUAUAUACAUUCACAACCUGGUUUCGUGUUCAAUGAAGAGACCACGAGAUCACAUUAUUUCUAUAACCGCCAGCUAAACAAUAGCAUCAACGUUAUAUGGGGAGAAUACAGCAUGAUCGAAGCAGAGAGAUUGUUGCUUUCAACUGCUAUAGAUGAUCACUCAAACCAGAGAUUUGUUCUUCUCUCUGACAGUUGUGCUCCGUUAUAUGACUUUGGUUAUAUAUACCAAUAUCUCAUCUCUUCACCGAGGAGUUUUGUGGAUAGUUUUAUUAAUACUAAAGAGAGACGGUACAGUAUGAAUAUGUCUUCAGUCAUACCUGAAGAGAAAUGGCGAAAAGGGUCACAAUGGAUAUCUGUGAUCAGAAGUCAUGCAGAGCUCAUAGUUAAUGAUGGUAUUGUAUUCUCAGCUUUUGAGAAAUUUUGCAAGAAAGCUCCACCUUUUGGUUCACAAGAGGCACAGCUGUUUUUUAGACAGAACCUGCGCAAUUGCAUCCCCGAUGAACACUAUAUCCAAACAUUGCUUACGAUGAGUGGACUAGAGAAUGAAAUGGAACCAAGAACACUGACGUACACUGUAUGGAACGUCUCGGGUACAAAACAUGGAGCCAAGUCUUGGCAUCCCGUCACUUUCACAUUUGAAAACUCCGGACCUGAGGAUAUACAAGAAAUAAAGAGUAUAAACCAUGUCAAUUACGGGUCUGAAUCACGAACAGAAUGGUGUACAGCCGACUCAAAACCUGUCCCGUGCUUUCUCUUUGCAAGAAAAUUCACCAAAGAAGCAGCUAUGCGCCUUGUGAGUGAAGUACUAAUAGGAUCAUCAAAAAACGUAGCCUUAUAAGUUAUAACUCUACAACAGGGUCAGUAAGUUUUAAGGUUAAACUGAAAAACGCAAAGUUUAGGUCAAGCAACAGAGAGUAUAGAGUAGGGAACGCCAUUGAUAUAUUAGACAUCACUAAUGAAGUGAAUUUAUGUUUGGCGUUAAAAGGUUUCUAUUUUUUUUUUUUUUUGACGUCAAACGUUCAUUCUAUUACUCAAGCUUGAGGUGGACUUGUUUUUAUUUGAUAGUAUUAUUUUCGCCUGGGGCAGCUGUUAUUGUUGGCACGGCUCUGAUUUUAGCGGGGGGAAAUAUUUGUUUUUGAACGAGUCUA